CAAGUUUUGGUUUGGAAUUUAAAUAGGUUAAUAACAUCAUCAUAAUGCGUUAAUACAGUAAUUUGCAUAAUUAAUUUGAUUUUUAAUAUAUUAUACACAUAAAAUUUACAAUUUAUACCAAGUAAGGGUUAGUUGACUCAUUUGUUUGCUUUUGUUGGUUUUACGAUUGAAUUAGUAAGAGCUAGCACUAUGGUGCUGGCUAUCCCUUCUCUAUCCCUCAAAUGUAGGGAAGGGAUGGCACAUGGAAGGCAAGCUUGCUAUGGAGGCGCCUCAUGUCUUUCCUACAUGAAACGUCUACUCAGUAGCCGUAUAAAUAGUGCCACACGGCAACUGAGUAGCCGUAUAAGUCAACUCGUUGACUUGACCGAUACGACUACUGAGUAGCCGUAUCAUAGGGUUAAGUCCUCAGAAGCGAGGUCGGGCUCCCCAGUUCUUCUUCUUCUUCCUUCUUCUUCUUCUCUAUUUUUCUCCUCUCCAUACUCCAUUUUGAUUUGAAGACCCUCUGGUGCAAUUCAAGAGCUAAGAUUCAAUGGGUUUGAUCCUUAGUAUACGGUGAAGCAUUUGCCCAUUUCAAUUUCGUGUUUCAUCAACUAAAUAUUCCAAGAUGUACUCCGCUGAUUUUCAACGAAUUAUGAAUGAACAUAUUCCGGUUUCUUUUGAAGAACAUAGUGAUCAUAAACUGAAAAUCCCAAUCUCGACAGAUGAGAAGCAGUUAGCUCUUAAACGUCGAAGUAGUGUAAGCCAACUUCAUGAGAUGUAUACCGUCGUUUGUUUAUUCCACAUGCUAGUCAACUUGUAGAAGACUGUGGGUUUAGUUCAAUUUUCAAGAUACAUUAUCCGAAAUUACAAGACAACUGCUUAACUACUGGUAUAUUUGAAAGGUGGUGGCAUACCACCAAUACAUUUCACUUCCCUAGUUUUGAAAUUGGGUUUACCCCAUUAGACUUCACUCAAAUUACCGGAAUUUCAAUUGGGCAAGGAAAUCGCAUAACAUUGGAAGAAAUUAGUAUGGAACGACUGCAUGAGAUUGCUCCCCAAACCAUAGAUUGUUUGCUCCCAUAUAUUAACGCACAGUCCACAACAAGAAGAAAGAAAGGAGAUGAAGCAAUGGUGUUUCAUGGAAUACAAGAAGUUAGACAAGAAAACAUUGUCGAGUUGAGAGUUCAAAUUCUGGAUAGAGGCAAGGCGAUCAAGAAGAGUUUGAUUAAAACAUUUCUUGACCAUAGACUCGGCUUAGACAACACUGUUCUUGAACAGGAGCAGAUUGCAAGAUGAUUUCUGAUUUGGUGUUUUGGGAAUAUCCUUUUCCCAAACAAGAACAAUGUUGUUGAGAUUAAAUGGCUUCGUAUAAUGAUGGAUUUAGAUGUGCCGAGGCAUUAUGAUUGGGGUUCGACUUUGUACGGUAGUAUGCUAUGGGGCUUGAGUACUGGAGGAACGUGCAACAAGCCUGACUUGCAGUUCUUUUCGUAUCCAUUGAUGCCUUGGUUUUGGGCAUAUUUUCGGUGUCUAUCUCCCUAUACAAAGGCGGAGAAUGAAAAUAUGGAUCCGUGGCCAGCGGGUAGGUUAUAUGAUGGAUACCAAAUAGAAACUAAAAGAGGCGGACAGAAUGAUACAUGCACCCAUUCAGUGAUUCAGGUGCGUUACCAGAUUGAUAACUUUCCAUUUGAUUCUGUAGUAUGGUCGCCAUGGGAGGAUAGUGAAUGGAAGACUAAACCCGAGGUGGAAGAGGCUAAACUAAUGUCUGUAACACGGAGGGUAUUUUACGAUCCAUUUGGUCACAAUGUCUUGUACCUGGGCGAACGGUGUCUCAAACAAGUUCUUGGUAUGACAGUAAUACCGUGCAAUCCUCCGGAUUUAUUAGUACAAAUCAACAAUGACUAUUUGUACACCAACCAUCAACUUAAUUCCUUGGAUUACGUUGAAGUACCCGAUCAUGAGUAUAAGUUGUGGUGUAAGGAGAAGUCAGUUGGUAAGUACACAGGUGCAAUUGUACAUGAAGGAAACAGGGAUUUGUAUGGUACACAUGAUAACGAUGCUUAUGUACGCAAACCAGGACCGCAACGAAAAAGAAGAUACACUGAAGAUUUGGUGCCCAUCGAUCGUCAUCUCUUCCCAUAUCCAACAAAAAAUCUUACAUCUCGAGUAUGCGGACCUAAUUUUGAAGCGGUUCAUAUUCCUAUUGGAAUGGAGUAUUUGGGGGAGUAUCCACAACCCAAUUAUAAUGUCAAUAUGGGUACAACUGUGAGUAUCAUAUGUCCAUUAUUUUUUAUAUAUUCUACUUGUGAAAAAAAUAUUAACUCAUGUCGGUGUUCCGGUGUUCGCUGUAUACAAGAGAUGUGGAAACAAGCAUAUAUGGAGUCGCAACAACAACUCAUGGCUCAACAACAAUGUUAUUUCGACAUCACAAAGGAACUGCAAUACAAAAUCAAAUACGGUCGAGAUUAACAUCAGAGAUGUGUGAGAGACUAUGUAGCACCACAUACAGGUGAGUCUUCUACACCGGGCCAGUCACGUGAUUCGGGUCCGUCGACGGGUUCUUUUGUUCCAAACAGUCAAGAAGACUACCAUCCUUAUCAUUCGUCGGAGCCACUCAAUCAAAGCACAACCACGUACCAACAUCAGGGUUCAGCAAAUUAUCCAUGGUUUGAUUCCUGAAAAUGAUCCAUGGUUUGAAAUGUUAAUGGCUGGUUUUUUUACUUUUUAACAAAUAUGUUUAUAUCUGAAUGCACUUAUCAUUUUCACUAUAUAACAACUACUUUUUUUGUUUUAUUUGUACUGGUAAUAUUUACUGUAUAAAAACAUGUUUUUUUUUAAUUGUAUAUCCUCUCAUCAUAUCUCUAUAUAUAGCAAACCAGUUUCCCAAGUGAAGCUAUCCAAACAUUCUAUCAUAUUUGUGUUUUAUAAAGAUGAGAUUCAGCAAAGAAGAAGAUGUUGCUCUUACGCAAGCAUGGAUUGAGGCAAAAAACAAUAUUUUGAACAGAGCUCAGGAUACCGACACCCAAUUAUGGAGUAAUUUUUUUGAAUAUUUUGGUAACAUAUCCGGAAAUCCAAAUGCAAGAGUCAAAGCAGGUCUUAGAGCAAGGUGGGGCAAGAUCAACGGGGACAUCAUCACUUUUGUCACGAUUCAGGCCGAAGUUAACAUACGUAAUCCUGAGAUGUCAUAUGAACAAAGGAAAAGUGCUGCUCGUUUAGACUAUCUUAACCAGACAGGCG